AUCAAUUAAGAAGGCUGCUGAGUACAGUGCACACCACAGAACUUCAUAGGCUACGAAGGAGCGAGGGACACUCUUCUUUUCGAUAUUGGUUGUGAAGCUGCUCAGAAUGGUGACUGUGACACCUGCCUUUCUCUCCCCCAUCAAAACCUGUUUUGUUUUACUUUUGGGUGGUUUGAUUGCCAAAGCUGCACAAGAUCAAGGAAGUUUGUACAUGUGGAUUGAUGCCAACCAAGCCAGGAUCCUAAUUGGGUUUGAAGAAGAUAUUUUGAUCGUGUCCGAGGGGAAAAUGGCCCCAUUCACACACGACUUCAGAAAGGCACAGCAACGAAUGCCCGCAAUACCUGUCAAUAUCCACCACGUGAACUUCACCUGGCAAGCUACGGAGCAGGCCGAGUACUUCUACGAGUUCCAGACCCUGCGCUCCUUGGACAAAGACAUCAUGGACAACCCCACCGUCAACGUUCCUCUGCUGGGCUCGGUGCCACGGAAGCCCUCAGUGGUGCAGGUUGGUUUCCCCUGCCUUGGCGACCAGGACGGCGUAGCAGCCUUCGAGGUGACCAUCCUGGUCAUGGACGCGGGCGGGAACACCAUCCUGAGAACACCGCACAACGCCAUAUUCUUCAAAACCUGCCAAAGAGCUAAGUGUCCCGGGGGGUGUCGCAAUGGAGGCUUCUGCAACGAGAGGCAGGUGUGUGAGUGCCAGGAUGGUUUCUACGGCCCACACUGUGAGAAAGCUCUGUGCUCCCCAAGGUGUCUGAACGGUGGCCUGUGUAUGAGUCCGGGGGUGUGUAUCUGCCCCCCUGGUUACUACGGAGACAGCUGUGACAAAGCCAACUGCAGCACCACGUGUUUAAACGGAGGGACCUGCUUCCACCCAGGGAAAUGCAUCUGCCCCGCCGGCUACGAGGGAACACGCUGUGAGCUCAGUAAAUGUCGCCAAUCCUGCAGAAACGGAGGGAAGUGCACCGGGAGAAACAAAUGCAAAUGCAGCAAGGGCUUCCAUGGCGAUCUGUGCUCCAAGGCUGUGUGCGAGCCCAGCUGCGGUACACACGGGACCUGUGUGGAGCCCAACAAGUGUCAGUGCAAGGAUGGCUGGCACGGACGCCACUGCAACAAGAGGUCCCGAGGGGCUGCCGCAAACGGUCAUCAACUUUCAGGCCCUAAACACAAGCAGCAGGGGUCGUCUGCCAAGGAGGCGAAGGACGUGGUGGAGUCCAGCCGCCCAGCCGAGACCAACUAUGUGGUGUGAGUGGGGGCCCCCCCCACCCUCCCCCGCCCCCACUCACCCACCCACACCCCUCUGUGGUAGCAUAUCUAACAUUUGGGGUUUAGACCCAACCACCACUACUAUCUGGCUACUUACCCAGUCUACCACAACCCUCACCCCCCCCCCUCCCCAACUACCCUCUCCUGGGCCAGAAUACAUUAGGCCAGCUGCUCCCAGUCUCGCUCCAUCACACAACACUCUCCUGCUCCAUUCUCCGUCUUCUGGGAGUUCUUUGGUUGGGAUUUUCUGUUUGUUUUUAUUUCCGCUUUUAUUUCACCUGGCCAUCCUUCAAAAGAGUUCCUUUCAGAUGCCUCAUUGUCUGUGAAGGAAGUCUGUGUGGGUGUUGUCAGUCCGUGUCAAUACAGCGUCUAUUCACCUUGAGGAGGCGCAGUCCUGAAUACCUGAGAGGGGUGACUCACACUCGAGUUAUUGUUCUGUGAUGGCGGAUGAUCCGCGGUGUCUGCUCUGCGCGCUGCCCUCAAGCCCUCCGUGCCCUGAACGGAGGCGGGUGUGCCUGUCAGGGAAGGGCACACGGCACACAUUCCACCAUCUUGGAAACCAGUUUGUCUUUUUCUGUCGGUGUGUAUUCGCUGUCCAUGAUCGUAGACGGUCGAGUUUAUCCUUAGAUUUCCAAACGAUAAGUCGGUUGAAAGACGCCCUUAGGGAGAUUCUUUGCUAUUCGUUCUGUCACAUCAGUCAGCUGGGAGAAGUGAGAGAAGUGGGGUAGAAAGCCAAAGAAAGUCAUUAUAUCCAUAUGAAAACAUCCUGCCAAAUAAAUCACACCCUAAAUAGCUAGAGUUACAGUAUAGCCAUUGAGAACACAGACAUGGAGACGAGAAGAAGGACACGUCCGGGGUGUAAGUCCAUGACAGAUUUCCUUACGUGACUGAUGCUUUGCUGUUCAAAUCCGAUGGACAGAGGAAAGAAAUACUGUGUCUCACAGUUAGGCAUCGAUCGACUUGGUCCUUAACCAUUCCACUUGAUAGCUAUGUUGACCCCGUUCAGGUUUUUCAUUCCUCGAUGAAAAUGUAUCCCAAAAGCAUAAUGUACCAGCUGAUUUUUACACUAGCUUAACCACAUUUUCUGUGAACCACUUUUUUUUGUUUGAAUAUUUAUCUUGUAGUUUGGUAUUAAUAAUAUGAUAAACUUGGGAUCGACAAC